AGACGUUGAGCCCUAAACCCCCGCGCAGGAUGUGUCCCACAGGUCAGGUCAGGAGGAAGAAAAUUGCACGGGAAAUCGAAUGCAGUGGAGGUGGUCGACUGAAGGAAAGAAGGUUGAAGCUGAGGGCAGAUGACGGGCAGGAAAUUGUGAGCAAAUCUGUCGUGGGUGUCGUACGCAAGAGUGGAGUGGAGAUUAGUUGAGCUGAGCUGAGCUGAAUUUUGGAAAUGGCGUCGGUAGAGGUGACGGCGCAAAAGCACCAGGGCAAUGUGGUGCUGGUGCUGGAUUUCGGGUCGCAGUACACGCAUCUCAUCACUCGACGCAUUCGAGGAUUGUCGAUCGUUUCCUUCUGCCUUCCUGCGAAUGCAUCGUUUGACUCCAUCAAGGCGUUGAAUCCCAGCGUCAUUAUUUUGUCCGGUGGUCCUCAUUCUGUGCACGAAGAGGGUGCUCCUUCUGUGCCAGAUGGAUUUUUCGAGUACGCCCGCGAGAAUAAAAUUGCUGUUCUGGGGAUUUGCUACGGGCUACAACUGAUUGUGAAGGUUUUGGGAGGUGAAGUCAAGCAGGCGGCGAGUCAAGAGUAUGGAAGAAUGCUAAUCAAGACGACGGAAAAGUCCAGUAAGCUCUACGGAGAUUUGGAAGAACCUACAGAGCAGCAGGUUUGGAUGAGCCAUGGUGACGAGGCUGUCAAGUUGCCCGAGGGGUUCACCGUGGUAGCAAGAAGUAGUCAAGGAAAUGUAGCAGCUAUCGAGAACGCUUCGAUGAAUGUUUACGGUCUGCAAUACCAUCCAGAGGUGACACAUUCCGAGCUCGGACUUGAAACGUUAAAGCGUUUCCUGUUGGACAUUGGAGGAAUUUCUCCCGACUGGAAGUUGCAGGAUGUCCUCACAGAGCAAAUUGAGCUCGUGAAGUCGAUGGUUGGUCCAGAUGACUAUGCCAUCUGCGCUCUCUCUGGCGGUGUAGACUCCACGGUUGCAGCCACAAUUGUGCAUAGGGCCAUAGGGGACCGUCUUUUCUGCUGCUUCGUCGAUAAUGGACUGAUGCGGUACAAAGAGCAAGAGCGAGUAAUGGAAACGUUCAAAAGUGACCUGCAUUUGCCCGUCACUUGCGUCGAUGCCACGGAACAAUUUUUAGGAAAGCUGAAGGGAGUAUCUGAUCCAGAGAAGAAGAGGAAGAUUAUUGGCGCCGAAUUCAUCGCUGUGUUUGACGAAUUCUCAACAAAACUUGAGAAGCAGCUCGGCAAAAGACCAGCCUUUCUUGUUCAAGGAACUCUAUAUCCAGAUGUGAUCGAGUCAUGCCCACCUCCAGGUAGUGGAAAAUCGCACUCGCACACCAUCAAGAGCCAUCACAAUGUCGGGGGUCUACCGGCUGAAAUGAAGCUGAAGCUUGUCGAGCCCUUGAAGUGGCUUUUCAAAGACGAGGUGAGAAAGCUGGGCGAGCUUUUGGAUGUCCCAAGCUAUUUUUUGAAACGUCACCCAUUCCCAGGUCCUGGAUUGGCUGUGCGGGUCAUGGGCGAUGUAACGCUGGACAAUGCGCUCGACACACUUCGCCUGGCGGAUGAAAUUUUCAUCAACUGUAUCAAGGAAGCAGGUCUAUAUGAUGAAAUCUGGCAGGCAUUUGCCGUGUAUCUGCCUGUAAAGACGGUAGGAGUUCAAGGGGAUAAGCGAACACAUUCUCACGCAAUUGCCUUGAGAGCGAUCACCAGUCAAGACGGAAUGACGGCUGAUUGGUAUCAUUUCAACACCAAGUUUUUGGCAGAGGUGUCUUCGAAGAUAUGCAAUACCGUAAGAGGAAUCAACCGGGUAGUGUAUGACAUUACAUCUAAACCCCCAGCAACUGUAGAAUGGGAGUAGUUGAGCAGGUGUAACCAGGCAUCCGAUUUUCUUGCGAUUCUUUCUUUAGGAAAUUCUUGUAGGUAGGGGAAUAUUUAUGGCAAGGGGUUCUACAGAGAUGAUGAGCACAUGGCAGUACCAUAGUCUCAUGUUGGGGGCUUCUAUCCGCAGAAGCUGGAGUAGGUUUUUGUUUGGGAUGUAAAUAUCAUUCAGCGGAUUUAAUAUUAUGAAAAGGCUGCGGGUGGGAUGUUAAUGGCCGUUUGGAUGAAGAGAAAGCUUUGUGUCGUUUUUCAGAUAGAGAAAAUUGGUGCAAUUUAGUCGUCUAAUUCCUACCAGUGCCUCCCCCACCUGUCAUUUUUUAUGGGUGCUCUGUUCUAGACCUGUUGCCUAUUUACUGCUAGGCAAUAAUUUGACUCCCCAAUAGCAUGCACUUUAAGGCAACCACUCAACGUGGGAGCUUAAC